AAUGAUGCACACAAACUCCCGUUUGGGAUUUAGGAUUUGAUCCCGGGGCUACACUUCGCGUGUUUUUAUUAUAGGUAGCGGAUUGAGCAAAAUAAAGCAUGCACGAUCACUAAUCUUACCGUUUUCUAUUGACACAGACAAGCCUAUAGGCUUCCAAAAUCCCAUAUUUGCAAUCUGUAGGCUUUAACAAUUCAUCAGUGCUGGGCUGAAAACAAAAACAAAGCAAAGAAUAAGCUCGAGACAAACCUAAGCAGCUCCUCAAGCUGUUAAAAGUUUAUUAGGGGAAAUUGAUGGACAUCUCCAUGGACGCGUGGGUCAUCUUGCUUUCUGUCGCUUUCACGAUCCUCGCUGGUUUUCUUUCAGCUGUUUUAUUUGGAAGAAAACAAUCUGACACAAGCCCAGCAGAGGCGUUUCCACCCUGGACAGAGCGAGAGGAGAGCACGAGCUGCCCCAAGGAAGCACCCCCUGGACUCGCUGAAUCCGAAUCUAAAUCUGAAUGUCCAGCACAGACGACCGAAGACCUGACAGAUGAGCCAUGCGCAUCGAACCAGCAAGAGAGUGUCGGGGAUGAGUGUGAGCAAGCCGAGUCCGAGAAUGAUGAGUCUUCAGUAAACUGGAAGGAUAAUCAGGAUCAGGCUCUAAAGUACAUGCCUGGUAUGUUGCGGACGAGCCAGCUCGAGAAGAUGAUGAGUAAAGAAGAGCUGGAGGAAGAACAGAGGGUUCAGCAGGAGCAGCUGGCUGCAAUCUUCAGGCUGCUCAAAGAAAACCAGGACACAUUUGGGGAGGUGACGGAGAAAGACAUGGAGGAACAGCUUAAGCUUUACUCCAUCUAAACAGAACUGCACCUGCCGUUACACUGCUCGGACAUCACGGACGUGGAACGUUAUCACUAAUACUUACUGUUAAUGCUUUUCACAAGUGAAGUGAAGUGAACUGAAGGAUGUGAGGAAAAAAUGUAUUUAAAUAAGGUCAAUGUGUUUUAGACGUAACUGCACACAAUUCAGACAGUAAAACAUUGUAGUAAAAUAUCACUCUAUCUCGUUUUGUCUCUGUCUCUCUAGACGUAGCAAUUAUCUUCAUAUAAUUAUCUUCAUUGUGUGUGUGUGUGUAUCAAUCAGCCAUGACAUUAAACCCAAUGAGAAGUAAAGCAAAUAAGACAAAUUA